AUGACCAUGAAUAUGAACGGUAGACAUAAACUACCACCAAAAAAUUAUAUGAACUUUAACGAACUACAUCUCAAAGUGAGCAAUGUCCAUCAUAAUGCCACCAUCCCUGACUUGAAGGAUUUUUUUUCAGGGUAUGGUACUGUUGAUAAAAUCAAUAUAGUUACCAGGGAAAUUGGUGGUAUUGAACGUUCAACUGGAACUGUUUACGUUACCUUUAAACCGCCACCUGAAAAUUUUUGGCGUCAAACCGUUCGAUUUCAUGGAAGAGUUAUGGAUCUUGAAUAUUCUCAAAGAGACAUUUUUCUCGGAGAAAGUCUUGAGAUGGGAAUUUUUUUGGAUAAAGAUACGUUUGUGUCAGAAUGGAAAUCUACUGAAAGAGUCAAAUUUAUCGUUGAUUAUAAACGUUUAGAUAUUAAAAUUAUUUUUGGUUUUGGUAAUUACACAUUCAGAUUAGAAGUACAGUUUAAAGACAUAGACGUUAAUAUUUGUGCUGAACUUGACGAUUCAGAUAAUGAAUCAAGAGCUAUUUUAACUGUGCCUAGUAAAUAUCCUGCCAAAUUUUGGAUGUUGGAUGAAUUUUCGAAACCAAAAAACAGAUUCAAAUGGAACAUUAAUGAAAAUUGGUUCAGGAAAACAGAGAUUCGUACUGAGCCUCGAUCACCUCAUGAAAAGUCGUUGCCUCUACAGUUGCAUGUUGGAAAUGAUCAACUUGGCAGAUGGACUGUUUAUAGAGUGUCAUUUGAUUUAACCACUGUUGAAGGAGGCUUUAAAAGAUUUAGAGGAAUGAUUAGGAAAGCUGUCGAAUUCCGCCUCACAAAUGGCCAAUUUAACAGACUUUUAAGGGUGGUUAAAAGCAAUCAAUUAAACAAAUGUUUGGAUUAUUCAAUUUUAAAAUUUGAUGUUCUAUACAUGCUUCAAAGCGCUAUAUCACAUAAUUAUUUAAACGAAUAUACUAUAAAUUAUGAAUUUAUCAAUUUAUUGGCGGCUCAAAAAACAGAUAACGCUGUUUAUAUUUUGGAAUCCAUUUCAAGUCGUAAAAAACCAAUUUAUGAUCCUUUAACAUUUUUAAAAAAUGAAAUUAUCAAACAAAAAAAUAUCGAAAGAAGACCUAAAGUAGUUCCUGAAUAUUGUGUAUUGAUGCGCAAAGCAGUUGUCACGCCAACCACAGUUUAUUUUCUAUUGCCGACCAUGGAAACAUCUAAUCGAGUCAUCAGACAUUUUAGUAAAGUAAAAGAUAGCUUUCUACGUGUUCAGUUUAUUGAUGAGGCAGGUGGUAAAGUUAGCUCUAGUUUAGGCACAAACAAUGAUGCACUCUACAACAGAAUAUUUUAUACACUAGUACAUGGUAUAAAAAUUGGAGAUAGGCAUUAUGAAUUUUUGGCAUUUUCCUCAAGUCAGCUUAGGGAACACUCAUGUUGGUUUUUUGCGCCCACUGAUAAUUUAACUGCUCAUGACAUUAGAGAAUGGAUGGGAGAUUUUAAAGAUAUAAAAGUUGUGGCAAAAUAUGCUGCUAGGAUGGGUCAAUGUUUUUCUAGUACACGUGCUAUCGCACAUUUACCAGUAAAUGAUAUCAAAGAAAUUCCUGAUAUUAUUAGGAAUAGAUAUAAUUUUUCUGAUGGUGUUGGGAAAAUUUCUCCUGCGUUAUCUAAAACAAUAGCAGAAAAGAUUGAAUUAAAAACCAUCCCAUCUGCUUUUCAGUUUCGUCUUGGUGGAUUUAAAGGAGUUUUAUGUCAAUCACGAUAUUUAAUUGGUAACCAAAUUCAUGUUAGACCAAGUCAAAAUAAAUUCGAGUCUAUUCAUAAGGAAUUAGAAGUUAUUAGAGGAUCAUGUUUUAUAGCAGCCUAUCUUAAUCGACAAGCUAUCACAUUGCUGUCUACUUUAGGAGUUCCCGACCAAGUGUUCAUUUCAAUGAAAGAUGACAUGGUUCAUGAUUUAGACAAAAUGCUCAAUCUUGAUCACAAUGCCAUGAAAGUGUUACUGGCUAAUACAGAUGAGUUUGGUAUAACACGUAUGAUGGCAGAUAUGGUUAAAGCAGGUUUCUUAUUACGCAAGGAACCAUUUUUGGUGAAUUUGAUUUCAUUAUUUCGAACAACAAUGCUUCACGAUCUAAAGAAAAAAGCUAAAAUUCGUGUAGAAAAUGGCGCAUUUUUAUUGGGAGUUUUAGAUGAAACUGAAACUUUAAGAGAGAACGAAGUUUAUUGUUGCAUUUCUGAUCCACAAAAUCCAUCAGCUAGAAAAGUAGUCACAGGCACAUGUAUAGUUUUUCGCAAUCCAUGUUUUCAUCCAGGAGAUGUCAGAGUGGUCACUGCGGUGAAUGUUAAAAAAUUAGAUUACCUUGUAGAUGUUUUGGUAUUUCCGGCAAAAGGAUAUCGUGAUAUCCCUAGUCAGUGUAGUGGUGGUGAUUUAGACGGGGACGAUUUCACCAUUAUAUGGGAUAAAAGAUUAAUACCAGAAACUAAAAAUUGGGAACCAAUGAAUUACGAGGCACCUAAACCGGUGACAGUUGAUGAUGAGGUAGAAAUGCAUCAAAUUAAAAAAUUUUUUGUAAAUUAUAUUCUUUCUGAUCAGUUGGGACAAAUAGCAAAUACGCAUUUAGCAAAAGCAGAUCAUUUAGAUGGAGGUGCAUUCCAUGGACAAUGUAUACGCUUAGCACAACUACAUUCUGAGGCAGUAGAUUUCCCCAAAACAGGAAUACCUGCCGAAUUUCCUUCAGAUCUUCGCACAACUGAAUAUCCAGAUUUUAUGGAAAAACCAGAUAAGCCUAGCUAUAUAUCUAAUAAAGUUCUGGGAAAUUUGUAUAGAUCUAUUGAACUACCAGAAUUCAAUCCAUGCACAAGCUUUGGAUUUGAUGAAAGGUUAUGUGUUCCAGGAUAUGAAUAUUAUUUGGAGGAGGCACGAAUGACUAAACGUAGAUAUGAUACUGAUAUUAGGGGAUUAAUGAAUCAAUUUGGAAUUAGACUGGAAUGUGAAGUAGUUAGUGGAUUUAUUGUUAAUUCGACGGUUAAAAUUGAAAAAAAGAAGCCAAGAGAUGUGAAGAAGUCAGUGAUGGAUGCUAUUAUGGCCAUCCAAAAACAAUAUCGUAAAAUACUUGAAGAAGAGUUUUACGCUGAAGGAACUAAUACGCCAUCACCGGAUGCAAGUAAAAAAAUGGAAGCCAAGGCUUUUUCAUGGUAUUAUGUGACAUAUCACCCAGCAGAAAUAGGGGCAGAUCCAGAGGAGAACAUGAUAUCAUUUCCAUGGAUUGCGUAUGAGGUCCUAUGCAGUAUAGCCUCAAGAAAUUCACGGAAAGCUCGUAAGAUCGAUGACAUUUUUAAUCAAAAUGAUGAUUAUGAUCAAAUGGAAGUAAUUAGUAAAAAUAAACCCGUCAUUAAUCUUCAAAAUGAAACCAAUUAUAAUCAAAUAGAAGUUAUUAGUAAAAGCAAACUCAUCAUGAAUAAUCAAAGUGAAGCCAAUUAUAUCCAAACAGAAGGACAAAUAAAUUUUGAUGCUCAUAACAAUACCAGGAAAAUACCUCAAAAAGGCACACACUCCGAAUUACAUGCUCAAAAAUAUUAA